AUGUCGGACGAUCAUUUUAAACAAGUCCAGGAGACCACAUUGGCGGACACGAGCAAGCCGAUCGACAACCCCAAUGAAAAAGUUGAUUCUAAUCCAGCAGCUACAACCGCUAUGAAUCAAAGAAAAUCGCAUCAGACAGCUCCCAGUCAAUUGGCCUAUACAGACUUUGAGCGUUUGUUCCGGGCAGAGGAGGCGUACGAGCAGCCGACAACCUCUCGGAGAGAGCUCUGGUCCUACUACCUCUAUUACAACGGCGACAACGGGGUUGGUCCGGGUUCCUACACACAGGCACUUUUUCAGUGGGCCCUGAAUGGAGCAGGAUGGCAACCCGGAACCAAUCCUCCCAAACCGUGCAGCGAUUCGUCUCCAUGCGUCGUCCCCUGGGCCGGCGGGACACGAUCGGUCUCUUCUGUUGUUCUGAUAGCCAAUGGUCUAUGCUUCGCUUUCAUGACUGUAAUAUUUGUCUGGCUGGGAAGUGCCGCAGACUAUGGCUCUUUCGGAAGCUGGUUACUCCUUGUCCUGACAGUGGUCUGCUGGUGUUUGCAGUACGGUAUGAUGGCCAUUAGACAUCCUAGUCAAUGGCCGGCUGCGAUGGGCAUGUACAUAGUCGCAUAUGUGGCCUACGGUGCGACGUUGGUGUUUUAUGCGGCCGUUUUCCCUCGACUGGCUCGCUAUAUGCCGCACGUCCGUAAGGCUCGCGAGGAGGAUCUGAGAGAGGGCAAAAUAAGCCAGGAAGAGUACGACGCCAUCGAGUCAUUGGAGAGAAACCACAUCAGCAACAUCUCCACCGCACACAGUAACAUAGGCUACUUUCUGACGCUACUCAUCAAUCUGAGUGUGUUGAUACCACUUCAGAACAACAAUUACUCCAACAAUCUCGCGCUUUGUUUGACAAACUCAUACUGGGUUGUCCUAGGAGUAUGGUGGUUCAUGUUCCAGCAGAAACGACCGGGGCCCAAGGUUCCCAAAGGGUCAAACUACGCUACGAUUGGGCUCAAGCAACUCUGGCUCGCACUGAAAGAAGUCCGGUCUCUACCACAAACCUUCUUAUACUUUGUAGCCUACUUCUUGCUAGCGGAUGGGCUGAACACCACAGGCUCUGUGUUCGAUAGCCUCGACCUUUGGGUUCUGUGGGAGUUUUACUUCUAUAACGCCAUCUUCGGACUGUUCCAGGCUCCUUACUAUGCCUAUGCGCAAACAAUGAUCAGUGAACUCAUGCCACAGGGCUAUGAUAACAUGUUCUUCGCCCUUUUCGGAAUCACUAAUCGUGCUUCGUCGAUCAUCGGUCCCAACGUUAUCCAAGCGAUUAUCAACAAUACACAAAACAACUGGAUGGGGUUCCCUUUCCUUUUCGCUAUCUGCGCUGCCGCCAUGAUAGCGAUUGGGUUUGUGGAUGUGGAAAAGGGCCGCGAGGACAGUCGAAAAUUCGUCCUAGCGCGCACCAUCGUUCAACCUGCGGACGAGCCUCGUGUAGAUCUUGGGAAAGAUGGCGUGCGGACGACAGUCGGAGAAGGAAACUUGUCUGGCGUAGGUGGAGAAAGUAGUGGAAGAUCUCACCAACACUAA